AUGGAGAAGUCGCAAACGAUUGGCGCGGGCAAGAACCGUCCUGCUUCAGAAUUGGAAAAGGAUCUGGAGUCGAAGCCAACAGCAACUCGGGCAGAAUUCAUCGACGAUCCUGAUGAUGGAUUGAGUGAGGAAGAGAAGGCGAAAAUUGAUCGCAAACUGCUCUGGCGGCUAGAUUUGAUGCUCAUCCCAUGGCUCUGUCUACUCUACCUGGCGUCCUUUCUAGAUCGCACCAAUAUUGGAAAUGCCAAGCUCGAAGGCCUACAGGAGGACCUGCGUAUGACCAAUUCGCAGUAUAAUCUGACUCUGACAGUCUUCUUUAUCUCAUAUUCGGUCUUUGAGCCCCUCACCAAUGUGCUCCUUAAGAGACUGCGGCCUAGUGUCUUCAUUCCGAUCAUCAUGUCUCUCUGGGGAAUAUGUAUGACUACCAUGGGCCUUGUACACAAUUUUUCUGGUCUCAUGGCUGCACGCUGGUUCCUCGGAUUGGCUGAGGCUGGGCUUUUCCCUGGCAUUGGAUACUACCUUUCUUGCUGGUACAAACGUUCUGAGUUUGGUGUUCGAAUGGCAAUCUUUUUCAGUGCUGCUGCUCUAGCUGGAAGCUUCGGUGGUCUGCUCGCCGCUGCUAUCGGUGAAAUGGAUGGAAUCGGCGGCAAACCUGGCUGGGCCUGGAUCUUUAUCAUCGAGGGGCUUGCUACCAUUGUCAUUGGUGUGCUUUCGUUCUGGAUGGUCCACGACUUCCCAGACGAGGCCAAAUUCCUCUCUGAAGUGGACAAGAAGCGAGUCCUCCGGCGCCUUGCAGCUGAUGAGCAGUCUAGUGCGGAACAUGAGGAGUUCAAGAUGUCGUACUUCUGGGCUAGCGUCCGGGACUGGAAAACCUGGACUGGCGCUAUGAUCUACAUGGGCGCCGAUGCACCUCUCUAUGCAUUUUCUCUGUUCACUCCCACCAUCAUCAAGGAACUAGUAAGAUACUCGUCCAUCAAAGCUCAGCUGCUCAGUGUACCCCCGUACGCAGCCGCAGCUAUUGUCACAAUCGCCAUUGGUCUCAUCGCAGACCGCACCCGCCAGCGCGGGAUCUGUAACAUUGCCGUUUCGAUUGUCGGAAUCGUUGGUUUUGCCAUGUUGCUAGGCGCUGAGUCCGCCAGUACUCGCUAUGCCGGUGUAUUCCUGGGCGCCAUGGGCAUCUACCCAUGUAUCUCCAACACUAUUGCAUGGGCCAGCAACAACACCGAAGGAGUCUACAAACGUGGCGUUACCAUUGGUAUCAUCAUCGGUUGGGGUAAUCUCAACGGCGUCGUAUCCUCAAACAUCUACCGCGGUCAAGAUGCUCCCCGCUUCUAUCCUGGACACGGCACUGUUAUGGCCUAUCUCGUGCUGUUCCUCCUCGGUGGGUCCAUCCUGCAGGAAGUUCUGCUGCGAAUUGAAAAUGGGAAGAGGCGGCGGGGAGAGCGCGAUCACUGGAUCGAGGGAUUGAGCCCGCAUGAGAUCGAAAUGCUGGGAGAUAAGCGCCCAGACUUCAUUUACACGUUGUAG